ACAACUGGCGGCAUUCCCAGGAGCUCAACUUCGGUGACCACCGUCAGUGGGGGUCCUCUGAUGCAGCCAAUUGGUGGAGCAAUGAUUCGCGAACCUGCAAACGACCAUCACCUAGCGCUAACCAAUGGCCCUGCCAACGCCGGCGACGUCGAGACCGACUAUCUGAACCAGUUGGUCCUGUUCAACACGUAUGGAGAGACAGAUAAUGCUGACGCCCACCUGUUGGACAGCUCCUAUCCUCCGGCUGGAUUUACCGGCAAUUCGUUCUUCCCAAAUGGCACUUUUGUUCCAGAUGCGCUUAAAGCAGGCAAUGGGCGAUGGCGACGACGCAGAUCGUCCCUGGAGAAUAUGAACGACAUCUCCAUUCCGCUGGGCCAGCCACCUCUGGUCGUCUACAACAACCACGCAGGCACCCCAAACAUGGCAACCAGCGGCAGCUACAGUGGCAGUGGCAGCAGCAGUAGUGGAUACGCCAGAGUGCCGGUCAAUCAUCAUUCCUAUGCUCAACCGUACCCUCCGACGGUGGUCAACCGGCCCGAUCAGUUGGCGCCUCCGCACACGCCCGACCGAGACGCACGAGAUGCGGCCGGAUGGGCGAUGGGUGUUGCGCAUCGCGAGGCCUACGAGCCCAAGGCCAGAUCUGCACCGUUGGCCUGCAAUACACCGUCUCUGGAAGAGGCACCAGCGCCGACGAAGACGACUCACGAGGCCGCCAGUGCUCAAGCCCGAGCCGGAAUGGCUUGUGGAGCUGCGCCAAGGCGGCUGCACGCCUCGUUCAAGGAGACGAGUGACGAGGCCGGCUGGCCGAUGGAGACUGGGCUGGAAGGGUCGCCGAGUAAACGGCUUAAGAGAGCGAUUCUGCCAAAAAUCGGUAGGCAGGCAACCGUGACCAGGAUCGGUCGACAGGCGGGCGACUACGAGCAAGAGCAGAGGCUGGCCACUGCUGCGGCAAAUGCUGUGACAAGGUCGGGCCGAGGAGGGAAUGAUGAUGAUGAUGAUGAUGAUGACGACUACGAGGAGGACAGCGAUUUGAAGCAAGGGGCCAGAGGGAGUGGUGAGAGGUUCGGUGGCGAAUUGGCCACUUUGAAGGCUGUGGCGGCGCUGGCAGCAGCGACUGGAGGCUUCACAAACACCGACAAUGUCAAGGCACAGAUCGGAGGUGAGUGGUGCAAAAACCGAGCCUUCAGCUCGUUGUCUCGAUUAGGCUUUCUCACUCAACCCGAAAGUAUAGAGUCAGUUUUGGGUGAAAUCUCUAAAUCAAACAGACUCGCUUUUGAGGUGAGAUGCCAGUUUCAUCAGCCUCCCUCCUUCCCAACGGGUUGGGGAGCCGGAUCGUGA